AUGAGUGAAGUAGUAGUACGUGCAGGUAUUUGUGAGUUUGAUGAGAGCAGCAAGUUGUGUGAUCCUUUGCCAGUGCAAGGGAGCAUCAAGAUGGCGCCACACGAGGAAGGUAUAGAGCUAGGGUUUUGGUCGUUUGAAUGGUCUCCUGUGGAGAAGACAGCCAAGCCUAUGGAGCCAAUUUCGCUCAUUUUGAUUCCUGGUGAAACGAAGUGUGUGCGGUUAAGUAGCAAGAACGGUAGAGUGUUUUCUCUAGUGUUUUCCUCUGAUCAGAAAUACUUCUUCUGGUUGCAAGAGAAGAAUGCGGGUAGUCUGAAGCUAGAUCAGUUUAGUGAAAACGAUUUGAAGUUCUUGGAGAAGCUGGAUAGUAUACUGAAGGGCCCUGAGGAAGAAGAAGAAGAAGAAGCUGAAGAUUUGACAGAGAAACUGAAACAUGAAGAUGUCGAAAUGAAAGAUUAG